UUUAUCUUUGCACUCAGCCGCAUUUGCAUCCUCUGAGAGUACUGCGCCUUGGGAUUCUGUGUCUCCAUCAUGUCUGCAGACCAGAUCGAACUUGCGUCUCCGCCCUUCGAUAGCGUGUCUGCCGUGCGGUUCUCGCCAAGCAACCCAGAUCAUCUCAUUACAUCCUCCUGGGACACGACUGUCAGGUUUUACGAUGUCGCGACGAACAAGCAGAAAUCCAAAUACGACCACCGAGCGGCCGUACUCGCAUGCUGCUUCUCCGACGGAAAUCACGCAUACAGCGGUGGCCUGGAUACCUCUGUCAGAGAGCUCGACCUACAAACCGAGAGCGUCAACCACCUCGGACAACAUUCUGAUGCAAUCUCGUCCAUAAACUUUGCUCGCGAACAAAAUACGCUCAUCACUGGGUCUUGGGACAGGACAGUUCGUUUCUGGGACCCCCGAGCCGCAAACUCUCAGCAAGCAUCUCACGAACUCCCCGAACGCGUUUACAACAUGGACCUCGUAAACCACAUUUUGGUCGUCGCAAUGGCGAGCCGACUCUUCCACAUCUAUGAUAUCCGCAAGAUGGAUUCGCCCGCCCAGACGCGCGAGAGCAGCUUGAAGUUCAUGACACGCGCCCUCGCAUGUAUGGCUGAUGGACAAGGCUAUGCGACGGGUUCAGUUGAGGGUCGUAUCGCCGUGGAGUAUUUCGACCCUAGUCCGCAGGCGCAGGAGAAAAAGUACGCGUUCAAGUGCCAUCGUCAAGCUAUCGACGACGUAGACCACGUGUGGCCUGUCAACGCGCUUGCAUUCCACCCUGUCUACAACACCUUUGCAUCCGCGGGAUCUGACGGGACGGUCUCAAUCUGGGACCACAAAUCGAAGAAGCGCCUGAGGCAGUACCAAAAGUACAAUGCGCCUGUACCGUCUAUUGCUUUCAACUGUGACGGCACGAAGCUCGCCGUCGGUGUCAGCUACACCUGGGAGGAGGGCGAGGAGGGCGCGAAGACAGCGGAGCGUCCUGCUGUGUACAUCAGGACUGUCGGUGACGAAGUCAAACCCAAGGGAUGGACUGCGAGUUCAUGAAGAGCGACUACUCCACACUUUCUGUAUCAUCAGUCUUGUGAUCGUGUAAUACUGGGCGACACGUUACCAGUUACCUCUGGACAUGCAGC